GAGACCCCAAUUCCAGGCGCCCUGCAGCUCCCCUCAGACUCCUCGGGACCGUGUUUGGCCUUCCCAUUCGUACGCUGCGGCUGCGCUUUCCUCUCGGAACACCACGCUGGCGAACCUGGGAAGGAUCAAAUAGUCCCACUCGCCAACCUAGCGCGGCGGGACCGGCCCAAAAGGGCCUUUGCAGCCUGCGCAUGCGGACUCGGCGGUCGCCACCGACUCCCCGUCUGCUUCCCUCCGGGCGGCAGCCGCGGUUUGGAGCUUGCUGACAGCUCUGCGACCGGCGGGCGCAGCCUCGUCUCGUGCUUCCACGUUAUCCUAUCAGGGACGGGGCGGGGCGGCGGCCUCCGCAGCCUAUCAGCGCGAACCACGACCCCGGCGAGCCCGGGAGGAAAGCCGCCAGAAAGAAGGCGAUUGGAUGGCGGUGGCGCUCUGGGGCGUAGCGUCGCCCGGGCCCUGCCCACCGCUGCCUUCCUCUGCUGGGCUCCAGAGCCGCUGAGGCCUGAGCGAGAGCCGACGGCGGGCGGGCGCAACUGCUGCCGGAGCGCCGGCGCGUGCUGGUGGGCCACACACCUUUCCUCCUCUUCACUCGCGAGCCCUCGGACAUGGUGGCCCCCGGCUCCGUGACCAGCCGGCUGGGCUCGGUAUUCCCCUUCCUGCUAGUCCUGGUGGAUCUGCAGUACGAAGGUGCUGAAUGUGGAGUAAAUGCAGAUGUUGAGAAACAUCUUGAAUUGGGCAAGAAAUUACUUGCAGCUGGACAGCUAGCUGAUGCCUUAUCUCAGUUUCAUGCUGCCGUAGAUGGUGACCCUGAUAACUAUAUUGCUUAUUAUCGGAGGGCUACUGUCUUUUUAGCUAUGGGCAAAUCAAAAGCUGCACUUCCUGAUUUAACUAAAGUGAUUCAAUUGAAGAUGGACUUCACUGCAGCAAGAUUACAGAGAGGUCACUUAUUACUCAAACAAGGAAAACUUGAUGAAGCAGAAGAUGAUUUUAAAAAAGUGCUCAAAUCUAAUCCAAGUGAAAAUGAAGAAAAGGAAGCACAGUCUCAACUUAUAAAAUCUGAUGAAAUGCAGCGUUUGCGUUCACAAGCACUUAACGCUUUUGGAAGUGGAGAUUAUACUGCUGCUAUAGCCUUCCUUGAUAAGAUUUUAGAGGUUUGUGUUUGGGAUGCAGAACUACGGGAACUUCGAGCUGAAUGUUUUAUAAAAGAAGGAGAACCUAGGAAAGCUAUAAGUGACUUAAAAGCUGCAUCAAAGUUGAAGAAUGAUAAUACUGAAGCGUUUUAUAAAAUAAGCACACUGUACUACCAACUAGGAGACCACGAACUGUCCCUCAGUGAAGUUCGGGAAUGUCUUAAACUUGACCAGGAUCAUAAAAGGUGUUUUGCACACUAUAAACAAGUAAAGAAACUUAAUAAGCUGAUUGAGUCAGCUGAAGAGCUCAUCAGAGAUGGCAGAUACACAGAUGCUACCAGCAAAUAUGAAUCUGUCAUGAAAACAGAGCCAAGCAUUGCUGAAUAUACAAUUCGUUCAAAGGAGAGGAUUUGCCACUGCUUUUCUAAGGACGAGAAGCCUGUUGAAGCUAUUAGGGUUUGUUCUGAAGUUUUACAGAUGGAACCUGACAAUGUGAAUGCCCUGAAAGAUCGAGCAGAGGCCUAUUUGAUAGAGGAAAUGUAUGAUGAAGCUAUUCAGGAUUAUGAAACUGCUCAGGAACACAAUGAAAAUGAUCAGCAGAUUCGAGAAGGUCUAGAGAAAGCACAAAGAUUAUUGAAACAGUCGCAGAAACGAGAUUAUUAUAAAAUCUUGGGAGUAAAAAGAAAUGCCAAAAAGCAAGAAAUUAUUAAAGCAUACCGAAAAUUAGCACUGCAGUGGCACCCAGAUAACUUCCAGAAUGAAGAAGAAAAGAAAAAAGCUGAGAAAAAGUUCAUUGAUAUAGCAGCUGCUAAAGAAGUCCUCUCUGAUCCAGAAAUGAGAAAAAAGUUUGACGACGGAGAAGAUCCCUUGGAUGCAGAGAGCCAGCAAGGAGGCGGCGGCAACCCUUUCCACAGAAGCUGGAACUCAUGGCAAGGGUUCAAUCCCUUCAGCUCAGGCGGACCAUUUAGAUUUAAAUUCCACUUCAAUUAAACCAACUGUUUUUCUGCUCUUCUUAAUUUUUUUAAAGAUUAAAAACAAAGAAAUCUUGUAAAUCUUGUUCCGGGACCCUAAUGAAAAAAAAUUUCAAAUCUUUCAGUUUGUCCAUGACCAAAGAGUUGCUUUAAUAGGAAAAAUAUCUGUUCUUAUCCCUGUUAGAUUUAUGGUUAAUGGGUUUGCAACGGCAAGGAGGCAAGGAAUGGUUCUAUUUCUGACAGAGCAGCCUGCAUCUGCUUUAUGCUGUCUGGAGGGAAGUGGUCUGAGGCAGGCUCACCCGUGGAAGUGCUCACGUAUUCUGUAUUUUUCUACACUGGAGCUGAGAUUCUUCUCUUCACAGCCUUGCAGAGUAAGUCAGUGCCUACAAGUGUAAGAAGGAGCUGUAAUCUUCAUGAGAAUGGUUAUGCUUCAGUAUUCUUAAAGAGAACAUGAACAUUUUUGAGCUGUAUGUUCUUAGGGACAACUGUGCUUCGAUGUGGUCAGUCUCGUCACUUGUGAGUAGCUGUGAAAUCUUUAGUGUGCAUGUGUUUACACCUCUGUGGUCUGUCAACAUGGCUGUCACUGAAGGAGCAAGAGACCAUCUUUUAGGAACCCUGCCACCAAAUAAUAAUAUAUCCAGGCUUAGACUUUGGAUUAAUGUUAAAUGUACAUUUUUUUGGUUCAGUACCUGAAGAAUACUGAAACUUGAAUCUAUAAAUUCCUAUGGACCCUUUUAAUAUUAAACACAACAAAUUAAAAGUUGUUAUAGGUAAAACAGGUUCAGAUAAAAUAGUGGUGGUAUUUAAAAUAAUAUUGCUGAAGUGCAGAUUGAAAUACUUUUUAAACAACUGAAGUUCUGAGUUUUUAUAGGGAAUUUCAUGUAACAAGACUGGUUUAGAAACGUAAAGUUGCGCAGUCAACAUAAAUAAAUACAGAAUGCCAUGUUUCCCACUUCUAAGUAAAGACAGUGGGCAGCUUCUGUUUCUCCUUCUAUCAAGGCUUCACCCUAUCUUAAAGGUCUGUGGUGCCUCCCACGUGGGACCUGUCUGCUGGUAUGUGUUAAACAGCAGACCGGCCCUUCUACCAGAUCUUGAUGCCUCUGAUUUUCUCCUGCCUACAAGAAAAUACAGGCAAGGUUAGUCAGGUCUGGCUAUAUUUCCACUGUUGUUUCAUUUAAUAAGAUGGCAUCUCCUCUUGAGAUAUGUUCUUCUUACCUUUUAAGAAGAUACUAUUUAAGAAGUGAACUAUUCAGUCUUUGUAUACUGAAUGCUUUUUCCCUAAAAAAUGUUAAUCAAGAAUAUUGAACAUUUAUGGAACUCUUGAUGCUGCAUUUGAAAGCUGAAGGAAUUACUUUAGAUAGGAAUUGCUACCUUUAUUCUGGAAAGGUUUUGUUUCUGCCUCAAAGCAUUUUGAAGUGUUUUAACCAUUAAAGGGUCUAAUUUUUUUUUCUUAAUGAAAUCAAGCAUUUUAAUUCACUGUGGGAGGCAUCCUGACCACAGACAUCCAUAACAGCAAAGCACAAAUCGUUUUCGUCUGUAGUCAUAUCCUGAAACAUAGGUGGACAAAUUUUUAACUGAGAGACAAAAAUCACAUAGUUGAAUUGAGCAGAACACUUAAGUGCUUUCUGCAUCUAUUUAGGAGUCUGUUUCUUACCAAUAAACUUGACAACGCAUUUGGAAAACUAGUGAACACCUUACAGCUUUCAUUUUGCUUUAAUGUUUCAAUUCAAGCCAGUGUAAAAAUAAUUUCCAAGGCAUUUCUGUUUAUUCUUUAGUAAUCUCACCACUGGCUAUGUCAGCAAUAUCUUUUUCAAUCUGGUUCCUUUUGUAUAUGAUGUCACUGUGACCUCUUUGAAAUAUAGUGAUGGCUUUUACCUACUUUGAAAAGAAUUUUCACAUAGAGUCAGAAAAAAAAGGAAAUAUCAAAUCACUUGCCUUUCCACUUGGAGAGCAUGACAGUUGCCAACAACAAGGGGUCAAGGGCCGCACAGGAGAUGUGUCGGGGGCCUGGCCACCUCCCACCUGCUGCCCAGAGGCUUGUUUGCAUUUUCAUUUUUUCUCCACUUGUAACAACCAUAGUUUCAGUUCCUAAAUUUUUAUCAUGGAUUUACUUAGUCAUCUUAACUGACGUGCAGUUACUUGCCUGUUUUCAGUGAAGAGAGAGAAGCAGCUCUGGUGCCACAUGCCAGUGCCAUGGAGGGAAAUGAAUUCUCUGCAAUCUGUUGUUUCGCUGAUUCAUGAAGAAAGUAACAAUUGUUGAGUUUCAGCCUUGAUGGCCGUCGGCAGUUUUCUGGUGUCCACCCAAACGGAAAGACAGUCACUCCUGCUUCCCCUAAUGUGUGACGAGCAGCAGCCUGGGUGUGUAAAGAGAUAGUCAUUCCCCCUGCCUGUCUCACUGUAGGGUAGCAUUAUCCACUGUAAAACCAUACUACUUUCAUUUUCCCUUGGGGACUACAGGUGCCAGGUAACCUUUUUUUUUUUUUUUUUUUUGAGACAGAGUCUUGCUCUGUUGCCCAGGCUGGAGUGCAGGGACACCUCCCGGGUUCAAGCAGUUCUCCUGCCUCAGCCUCCAAGUAGCUGGGACUAUAGGCGCGCACCACCAUGCCUGGCUAAUUUUUGUAUUUUUAGUAGAAAUGGGGUUUCACUGUGUUAGCCAGGAUGGUCUUGAUCUCCUGACCUUGUGAUCUGCCCGCCUUGGCCUUCCAAAGUGCUGGGAUUACAGGCGUGAGCCACCGCACCUGGCCAUCAGGUAACCUUUAUGGCUCUUUCAGGAAAAGUGAAAUCAGAGAGGGGUACCCUAGCCACAGCUGUUGUAUUCUGCUCUUCUUUCCUUUUUGGUGAGCUCCAUGGGUGGAGUUAUCAGUGGUCUGUACUUUGUGGAUAUUUUGCCCAGCAGGAAGAAGUAUUAGACACAUCAGUCUAGAAGCAUUGUGAAAAGGUUCCAAAAUGGGAGACAAAAUUUAAUUCAUUCCUCAGUUCUGAAAGUUUGUGCUUUCUUACCAUGAAUAGAUGAAAACUUGAAAAAAAUCUUGACAGUUUACUAAUGUGAAUCAGAUGUAACAUACUACUAAUUCUACAAUGCCUUUCUCUUUAGUCAGUAUUAAAAAUCUUUUUUAAAGUAUUGGUAUGAAAACAAAUUUUUGUUGCCCUGAUAAUGGAAUUUUAAAACUACCCACAGUUUAAGAGAAAACAUAACUGGGUAAAAAAGGUAGCCAAUAAAACCACAAUUUGAAAUUGAUACCAUUUUCUACUCACAAUGGAUGAUGAAAAAUUUCACCUUUAAAUGGGUCAGAAGUUGUCUUUGACAUUUACCAUGAAAAAACUACAUAAAAUGGCUCCCUAGUGAGGUUACAGACACGGCCCUUGUGAUGGGCGUUGCAAAGUUUUCACUGAGCACACAGCAAUGGUAUCACCUAGAGAAGUUCACGCAACUUUGUUGAAUGUAGUUGACUUUUCCAAAUUUAUAAAGGAAGGAAGAAGGCAAAUGUUAAUUUGCCAACAACGAAUAUCCUUUUUCUAAAUCAGAUCAUUCCUUUUUUGUUAGUGGCAGUUUAUCCUGUAAUUUCAAAUGACGUUAAGAGGUGGGAUUAUUUGGGGUUUUUGUUUGUUUACAGAUGAUCUCAUUUGCUGAAUGAUUUAAGAGUAAAAUUAGCCACUGCGUGGCUUUGUGUAUAGUAACCGGUUUUGUUGCACUUGUCUGUGGCUGAAACACUUACCUGCAGUGGAAAGCCGAGCAAGGAGGAGGUAAACCAUUGGAGAUGUUUGUGAAAAUAUUACUCUUACCGUGAGGUUUUAGUUUGUUUUGAAUGAGAAAAGACUAAGUAACUUAAUCCAUCUCAAUGUAGUGUUUUAAUAAAAAAGGAACCUAAUAUUUGAAAUGGGUCUCAGACAUGUCUACAAAUAUGGGUACUAUUUUUAUGCCCGUGUAUUUUCACAUUUAAUAAAAAUAUUUAUGGUCAUAUCAGUA